GAACAGUAUAUAGUCCAAGAUGAAGUCAAAAAGUAUAACGGCAGCGAAGACCAGAAGAAAGAAGUUAUUGUUUUUCUCAAAACGAUGGUAGAAAGGUAAAUAAAGGAAAGAAAGAGUCCAUUAAGAAACUCGAGCCUUGUUAUAAAGGCAACACUCCCUCUCCCUCCCCAUUCAGAUCCAUUAAAUAGGAACAGGAAUUACUAAACAAAGCAAACAAAUCCUUCAUGAAAUGGGUUCCGUUUCCGUUUUCGUUUCCACUUGGACCUUUGCUUUGUUCUUCCUCGUACAAUGCUGGUGCCUAUCAGCCAAGAAAACAUACAUAGUCCGCAUGAAGGAUGUCUUCAACCCUUCCAUUUUCCCCACGCACCGCGACUGGUACAGCGCCAGUCUCCAAUCGCUUCUCUCACUUUCAGAUUCAGAUUCAGAUUCAAAUUCAAAUGCAAAUUCAAAUUCGCUCCUCUAUUCCUACACCAACUCCUACAGCGGCUUCGCCGCGUUACUCGACGACGCGCAAGUGCAAGAGCUUCUCAGAUCCGAUUCCGUGCUCGGAGUCUUCGAGGACACGCUCUACAAACUCCACACCACGCGCACCCCGCAGUUUCUGGGCCUGGACACGCAAACGGGCCUCUGGGAGGGCCACACGGCCCAGGAUCUCAACCUAGCCACGCACGACGUUAUCGUGGGGGUGCUCGACACCGGAGUGUGGCCCGAGUCUCCCAGCUUCAACGACGCCGGCAUGCCGCCCGUCCCCUCGCGCUGGCGCGGCGAGUGCGAGAGCGGCCCCGAUUUCUCCGCGAAUCUCUGCAAUAAGAAACUCAUCGGCGCCAGAAGCUUCUCGCGCGGCUUCCACAUGGCCUCCGGAGGCGCCUCCAAGGAGCCCGCCUCGCCCAGAGACAGGGACGGCCACGGGACUCACACGGCCAGCACCGCCGCGGGCUCGCACGUGGCCAACGCCAGCCUCCUGGGUUACGCCAGCGGGACCGCACGUGGGAUGGCGCCGCUGGCACGUGUCGCGGCUUACAAGGUUUGCUGGACCGACGGAUGUUUCGCGUCCGACAUUCUCGCCGGGAUGGACCACGCCAUCCAGGACGGCGUCGACGUGCUUUCUCUCUCCCUCGGCGGCGGUUCCGCCCCGUACUUCCGAGACACCAUCGCCAUCGGCGCCUUCUCGGCGGUGGAGAAAGGGAUCUUCGUUUCCUGCUCCGCCGGGAACAGCGGACCGGAGAAGGCCUCGCUCGCCAACGUGGCGCCGUGGAUAAUGACCGUCGGGGCUGGAACCUUGGAUCGUGAUUUCCCUGCUUACGCUGUUCUUGGUAAUAAAAAACGGUUCACCGGCGUUUCGCUUUACAGCGGAAACGGAAUGGGGAUUGAACCGGUUGGUUUGGUUUACAGCAAAGGGUUGAACCAAUCCGGGAGCCUCUGCAUGGCCGGUUCGCUCGACCCGGCUAAGGUUCGCGGCAAGGUGGUGAUAUGCGACCGUGGGAUCAACGCGCGCGUGGAGAAAGGUAAGGUGGUGCGUGACGCCGGUGGGAUUGGGAUGAUUCUAGCGAACACCGCCGCGAGCGGGGAGGAGUUAGUCGCGGAUAGUCACCUGCUACCGGCUGUGGCGGUUGGGAAGAUGGUGGGGGAGCAGAUCAAGGAGUACGCCACUUCGGAUCCUAUGCCCACGGCAGUUCUCAGUUUCCGCGGAACAGUUUUGAACGUUAGGCCAUCACCUGUUGUGGCAGCUUUCAGUUCCCGAGGGCCCAAUAUGGUGACGAAACAGAUCUUAAAGCCGGAUGUUAUUGGGCCUGGGGUUAACAUCCUAGCAGCUUGGUCCGAAGCCAUUGGGCCCUCCGGGAUGACUGAUGACACUCGCAAGACGCAGUUCAACAUUAUGUCAGGGACGUCGAUGUCAUGUCCACACAUAAGUGGGUUGGCUGCGUUGCUGAAAGCAGCGCACCCAGAAUGGAGUCCCAGCGCGAUAAAAUCUGCGCUCAUGACAACAGCGUACGUCCACGACAACACCAGGUCCCCACUUCACGACGAUGCAGGGGCUGGGCUUUCCACGCCGUGGGCUCACGGUGCGGGCCAUGUAAACCCGCACAAGGCAUUUUCUCCCGGGCUUGUCUACGAUGCAUCCACUAACGACUACAUUAAGUUCCUCUGCUCCCUGGACUACAUCCCUGAACAGAUACAACUCAUUGUUAAGCGUCCCACUGUGAACUGCACCAGGAAAUUCUCUGACCCUGGCCAGUUGAACUACCCUUCCUUCUCGGUCUUGUUCGGAAGCAAGAGGGUGGUGAGGUACACGCGCAUCUUGACCAACGUCGGCGAGCCUAACUCCGUCUACAACGUCACCGUCGACGCCCCCUCCACGGUGGGGGUCACGGUGAAGCCCGCCAGGCUUGUCUUUGGGAAAGUGGGGGAGAGGCAAAGGUACACGGUCACCUUUGUGUCUAAGAAGGGUGUCACUGAUUCCUCUAGGGGUGCGUUUGGUAGCAUCAUGUGGAGCAAUGCGCAACACCAAGUUAGAAGCCCAGUUGCUUUUUCUUGGACUCUUUUGUGAUUGUGUGGGCUUUACAGCUCACCCACUGCUUCCAGCCCAACAAAACAAGCCUUUGAUUGAGGCUUUUGUUGCCAAACAAUAUAACAAUAUUAUCAUUUAGUUCGACGUUUAGAAGGUUGUGUAUUUUUUUUUUUUUUUUUUU